CCUGUGCUGGGGGCCGGAGGCGGGGCCAGCCCCCAAACUCACCUGAGCCAGCGGAAAGCUGAGCCGGGAGCAGCCCCCGGCUGGCCUCUUGUGAGUGCCACUCCGCCCGUCCCCCGUCCGACCCGGCGCGGCCGCCAUGACCUGGAGCGCCACAGCCCGGGGCGCCCACCAGCCCGACAACACGGCGUUCACGCAGCAGCGCCUUCCCGCCUGGCAGCCGCUGCUGUCGGCCAGCAUCGCGCUGCCGCUCUUCUUCUGCGCCGGCCUGGCCUUCAUCGGCCUGGGCCUGGGCCUCUUCUACUCCUCCAACGGUAUCAAGGAGCUCGAGUACGACUACACGGGCAACCCGGGCACCGGCAACUGCUCGGCGUGCGCCCUGGCCGACCGGGACCGCGCGCCGCCGCUCCGCUGCUCGUGCUCCUGGUACUUCUCGCUGCCAGAGCUCUUCCCGGGCCCCGUGUACCUCUACUACGAGCUGACCAACUUCUACCAGAACAACCGGCGCUACAGCGUGUCCCGCGACGACACGCAGCUGAGCGGGCUGCCGAGCGCGCUGCGCCACCCGGCCAACGAGUGCGCCCCCUACCAGCGCCGCGCCUCCGGCCUGCCCAUCGCGCCCUGCGGCGCCAUCGCCAACAGCCUCUUCAACGACUCCUUUUCGCUGUGGCACCAGCGCCAGCCCGGAGGGCCGUACGUCGAGGUGCCGCUCGACCGCACCGGCAUCGCCUGGUGGACCGACUGCCACGUCAAGUUCCGCAACCCGCCGCUGGUGAACGGCAGCCUGGCGCUGGCCUUCCGAGGCACCGCGCCGCCGCCCAACUGGCCCCGGCCGGUCUACGAGCUGAGCCCCGACCCGAACAACACCGGCUUCAUCAACCAGGACUUCGUGGUGUGGAUGCGCACGGCGGCGCUGCCCACGUUCCGCAAGCUGUACGCGCGCAUCCGCCAGGGCAACUACUCGACCGGCCUGCCGCGCGGCGCCUACCUCGUCAACAUCACCUACAACUACCCGGUGCGCGCCUUCGGCGGCCACAAGCUCAUCGUCUUCAGCAACAUCUCGUGGAUGGGCGGCAAGAACCCCUUCCUAGGCAUCGCCUACCUGGUCGUCGGCUCGCUCUGCAUCCUCAUGGGCUUUGUCAUGCUGGUCGUCUACAUUCGCUACCAGGACCAGAACGACGAGGACGAGGACGAGGAGUGAUUCCUGCUUUUCAAAGUAGCCUUCCGGCUAUUUGCCAGAACUCGCCUGCAAGCUUUUUAGGCUUCUUCUCCAUCAAUUCCAAUUCCAGUUUCAGCCUUGCCUCACUUUUCCGCCUGUUGUGAUGCCUGGACCAGACGGAAGAAUUACACCCAACUGGGGGCUACCAGAGUCUUGCUGGGGUGUUUGGACUGCAGAAUGAGACAUCCUUGUACAUUCUCCCCAUCUUCACGAUUUACCGAGUUGACAUGUUAGGUUCUUCAAGUCCGCAGCAUUUGAGUGUGGAAGAGACAGUAGAGAUUCCUGUUCAACUUUUAUCUGAUGAAGAGACAGACCUAGGGACGUUAAAUAACUCAUUCAAGGUCACGCAGCUAUUCACUGGCUCCUGACUGUGACUCUAACUUUUAUCGCGACAACACCCUGGUUUUCUUGAGGGGCAGGGGAGGGGGUGUUGAGGGAGAGAAUGAAGCCCAUAAAUAACUUGCAGAGGUGUAGAGGGGUGGGAGAGAGUAUACUUGUUUAAAAAUGUGGACAGAUUGGAGACACCAGACCCAUUUCUGACACACUAAGGCUGGAGUGAGACCCCGGAAGCUGUGUUUUAACAAGAUUGUCUGGAGAUUUCCUCCUGUAUUCCUUCAGAUUCACCGUCCUGAACCAGGGAGCAAGUAGAACACUGUAUGUUUCCCUGUUUCCUCAUGUGUCUGAGGUUGGGCCUGAAGCAGUGACCUGCAUCCAGCUUUUCAGGUAGUCAUUUGUUCCCAGGGGCAGUGACAGAGUCAUAAUAUUGCAUGUCUUGCCCAGCAUCCUGCCUUCAACAUAGAAAGCUCUCCAUAAUUUGUGGAAUGGGGGGGGGGGCACUUGCUAUCUCUAGAAAUCUAGCAUACUGAUUUGCAGGACAGGGUUUGUAUCAAUGCACUUAAUAUUGGAGGGUUAAAGUGAAAAAAAAGUUUGCCAAGUACUGUAUAGAAACUUGAAAAUGCCAGGUCACUUUGCACAGCUUGGAGUGAGUGUUUUAACUUCAGAAUCAGAUAGAUGGAAGGGGUCUUAGAGGGGAAAAUGAUUUCCCUGAAGUCAUAUCUGUGUCUCCUGACUCCUGACUCAGCCCUCUUUGUCAUCUAAAUUAUUUUUUAUGCUUAGAGAAAAAAGUUUUCCUUCAUACAUACAUUUUUCCCUGGAGUCUAAGAGAAAACUUUUUAAUCUAUGUUCUCAAAUGAAGCAUGCUUAUUUCUAGUAAUUGUUUUAAAUGAAUGCUAAGGAAUAUAGUCAUAUAUGUUAUCUAGAAUCUUAAGAAUUAUUUGAAAACUUCAAGAUAAUCUUAAAGUCUGACUACUCUAAAAUUAGCCUACUGUAUAUAAAGUUAUUCUAAGCAAUAGAUUUUUUUAUUCGUUUCAGAGGUUGAAUUUGGUGAUUCAUCAGUUGCAUAUAACACCCAGUGCUCAUUCCAUCAAGUGCCCUCCUUAAUGCCCAUCACCCAGUUACCCCAU